AUGCCCACGGCGCGAUACGCCCCCGGGCACGGCCGCGCCGGUGCCGCGCACCCAGCGACGGGGGGCAAGGCGCCGCACCGCCGCCGCUCGUCGGGCAUAGGCGGCGCCAACGACGGCGGGCCGCUCGCUGACCCCGUGCCGGUCGAGGAGUUUUCCCCGCCCCCAUGGCGCACGGUGUUCAACUCGCGUGCUGAUCUGGGCUACCCCGACUUUUACCCCUCGCGCCCCGGCUUCGGGCAGCCUGAAGACGAGUUGACGGAGCAGUUUGUCAAGCAGGGCUUUGCAUUCAAGCCGCCUGUCAAUGCUACGGCCGAGAGCUUCUCGAUGCACGGCCCGGUGUACCAGCAGCUCCAGGCCGGCGGGCUCGACAAGCUCAUGGAGCUCGGGCAAGAGAUCAUCACACAACGGAACGCGAGCAUGCCUGCGUUCUCCGAGCGCUCGUUCCGCAUCCCCGUCCGCGUCACGUACAACGAUACCAAGCGCCUCCAGUUCCUCACCGACCUCGCCAACCCCGCGAUCCCGCUCACGCGCCUCAUGCGCAAUCCGGUGCCGCACGGGUUCAAGGGCGUGGAUUUACUCGAUACCAUGUUCUCGCCACCACAGCCCCGCGUGACGGGCGUCGCGGCAGCCGCGAAGCCACAGGCGCCGGCCGAGCCGAUUCCGCUCGACCGCGCAUUGUGGUUCAUCCGCGUCCUCGGCGCCAACGAGAUCUCGGCACACCGAGGAAGAGCGCAGCCGACGGUCACGGCAGUCCAGGCGCCAUCGCCGGUCGCGGCGACACCCAGCUCUACGGCGACGGCAGCACCAGCAGCUGCCCCUCCGCAGAACAGCAACGACUGGUACACUUCCGAGUUCACAAACGCCUUUACGGCAUGGCUGAGAAUACAACUGGGGCACUUGGUGCUGCCAGCCAAAGGCGCCAAGUCGGUAGCGACGUCGGCGGCGAAUACACCGGCUGCACCGCCUGGUCCACCCAAGGCGCCAACAGGUGUGCUCGGGGACGACAAGAGCCGGGCGAGGUGGCUAGCAAAGUGGCAGUAUUCCAACGCACUGUUGCGAGAACUUUACCGCAAGCGCCUUAUCGCGAGCCGCUUGCUCGUGUCCUGGCUCGCGGAUUUCCUCGGUUCCACCAACCUGGCCCAGCUUGGCUUCGUGACCCAGCUUCUGCACGAGAGCCUGGCUUACGUUUCAGAGUACGCGUACAUUGGGCGCCACUGUGUACGUGCGGCAUGCGCCAAGAUAGAAGAGAUUCGCGCCUCGCCGGCAAAGGAGGCCUUGGCAAAGGUCGAGGAGCAGCUGUCGUCCAUCGUGCGCAUUCUGUACGAGGCCGACCCCGAGGUCCUGCUGUCGCCUACGACGUGGGCGAGGCACCAGGCGUUGCUUGGGACGCUGGUCGAGUCGAACACCCCGACAUUCAAGGAGCUUGCCCGCCGAAACGAGGCGCUUGUUUUCAAGCCUGUGGCGGUCGAUACUAGCACCAGCCCAAGGAGACAACAGAUGGCAGAUAUCCAGAAGCUCGACUCGAUCUGCGCCGAGACCGAUAUGGCGGCGCUGUGCAAGUCGUACUUCAACGGCUCGUGCGCACCCAACUCGGCCAAGAUUGAUAUCGAGAAGUUUGAGGAGAAGGUCUCGAUCGCCCUCAACUGGGCAAUGGGGCUGUAUCAGAUGGGUAUCCACCGCCCGUACGCCGUCUACACGCUGUUCAAGAAGUGGCUCGACUGGCACGAGGACUACCGCCCAGACGACCACUUCGACUUCUUCCCGAUCCUGUACAAGUGGCUUGACACGUCCCUGGCCGCACAGAGGGCGGACAACGUCCUUGCCAUUGGUAUCUCGUUCGGCGAGCUUACACGACAGGGCCUGUUCUCUUACGGACGGUACAUGAAGACUCUUAUCGCCUGCGGGCACAGCGCGCGCUUCAACACCAAUGCCGACAAGCCCUCUCACCAUCUGGCGCUGCUCAACGCCAUGCCCAUUUUUGUCGAGGCCAGCGACUUGCUCGAGCAGCGCAGGCUUGUCAUCAGCGGAGACGGCGAGCAGAGGGAGCGCGACCAGAUGGAGGAGGACCUCGCGCUCGACACGUACCGCCAGGAAGUCAAAGAGUAUGUGCCCGAGCUGUUCGGCCUCAAGCGGUACGGCCGUAGCGCUCUCAUCCGCGAGAGCAUCGACUAUGCGCUCCCCUCAGCGGCGGGCAUUACUCGAUUCCAGUUCGUGCACUCGCGCUUCUGGCUAUUUGCCGCUGCCAUGAGAAUAUUCCAGCGCAGUGGCUCACAGCCAGCGAUGGACGCGUCGACCUACGCCCGCGUCAUGAACAUCUUCCAGCAGUGCAGAGGAUACUCGACACUAGCUGAUUUCAUCGUUCGCGGCAUCACCGGUACCGAGGACGAGGAGAUUCUACUCGUCAUCAUCGACUCGAUUAAGGGCGACGCCCAUGUCUGGACUUCGAUUGACCGAUGGAACCAGAUCACGACAGCCCUCAUGGAGCGCUUCCGCUCUAUGCAGCGCAAAGGACGCUUCUUUGCUCCGCUCGCCACGCUAUUGUUGCAGAUUGCGAGGCAGGGUCGCCUUCCUACUGCUUCAGAGUCGGAAGUCCGUGCUGCUACUGAGAGGCAGCGGCCAGAAUCGCCCCCGACUCCCGCGUUCACUGUCGACAUGGACCAGAGCAUGGAGGGGCUGAAGCAGAUUAUCAGCAAGGGCGACUCGGCGCGGGCUAUCGCACUCGCACCAAAGCUCUUUACCCGCCACGGCAAGUUUUCUGCCUGGUCUUCGACGUGGUGGACAACGAUUAUCGCCGGCGUACAGGCUGGCGACCCAGCCUCGUCCAAUCCAGCGGCAGCGGCAGUGGCUCAUGUCGGCGAGGUUGAUGACCAUGCCGGUGAUGGCUCGCUCAGCUCAGUGCUGUCGGCUUGGCUAGAGUCGCUGACCCCGGCCACGCGUGUCGACCUCUUCGGCCGCCGCAACGUCCCGCCGGUGGUUCGUUUCCUGCUCCUGCUGGUCGUCUCGCGCCGUAUUGGCUCUCUUGCGCUAUUUGAACGACUCAUCUUCCCCGAGCUCAAGCAUGCCGCGAGCGUCGUGUCGGCUCCCCACCCUCGCCUGUCGAGCAAGAGGACACACGCGAUCGAGUGGGCUGUGACCAUGACCCAGCAGCUGCUCCUGUGUGGACCUCACAAGAGCCUUGCGCCGGCCAACCUGCGCGAGGCGUACAUUGUCCAGACAGCACGCGCGACGGUCUUCUCCAAGGCCAACGUUGAGGGGUUGAUUCAGCACCUUCCAGUCCUGGUUGUGCUCGAGCACUCCAAGUUUGUCCCGGAAAAGACCCGUGCCCUCAUCAGCAACAUUUUCCGCGGUCUAUCUGUGCUCCCCCAGUUCAAAACAGCCGCAUUCCGCAACCUCGACGUGCUCAAGGAUGCGUUCCUAUCCAACGACUGGAUCAAGAGGACGAGCGACUCGUCGCUCGAGUCAGGCAUGGUUGAGCACCUCAAACUCAUCAUGUCUGACAGUGUCGCGGGCUCCAAGAGCACGUCGUCGUCUUCGUCAUCAUCCUCGUCCAUCUCUGGCCUCGACCGAGGCGUUCGCUACAGCGCCUGGCGGUGGACACGAAUUGUGCUCGAGAUGCGUGUCGAGUUCAAGCGCCUGACGAUGCGGAUCGCAAACAACGAAGAGCCUGUCGAGGCGCGGCAGGCGCUGUCACGCCUCGUUCGGUCAUCCCUCGACCGAGAGGCGAGCACGGAUGAUGUCGACCUCUUAGUCGAGGCAUUCCGCGGGGCCGACACGGUCGUCGCACAGGAGAUUCUCUCGGUCGGCCUCGAUCGUCUCGGUGUUCUCCUGUCGCACCUCCUUAGCGCGGAGGACCAGCACACAGUCGAGAAGACGGCGCUGGCGAUCGACCUCGUUCUAAGGGUCAUUGGCUCCGCCACACGCCAAGAGCGCCUCGACCCCACCACCACCGCUGCGCGAGACCGCCUCUUCUCGCUGCUGACUGUCGCGUUCCAGUCGCUUGAGCGCCGCAUCUCCCCAGAGGAGGAGAUGCAGCUCCUGCCUGGCGCCAAGCCUGCAGACCCCGGAGAUGUGCUCAAGGUCGUGCUCCGCCUUCUCCGCUUCGUGCUUGCUGUCCCACCGGCAGAGAUGCAGCUGCCUACAGCGCCAAAGCCCGACUACGCGGCGCUGGCCGUGGCUGUCCUCCACCUCGCAGUCGCAAUCUGUGGGGCCUCUCCGGCGCACAAUGACCUGGAUUCAAUGCGUGACCUGCUCAUUUACCUAGUGGACAGCACGCCGCCAUCUUCCUCGUCAAGCGUCUACCAGGCCCUGCUGUUCGAGACGUCAACCGAGCGUGUGCAGGAGCUUGUGUCACGCUACCCCGCCUUCUCGAGUGCGCUCCCACGAGCGGCUCAGACAUUCCGGGCUAUGGCUUUGAGCGGCUCUCACGUCCUGGUGGACGAUGUCGGCAUUGCACUCGACGACCGGCCUUGGGAGAUGAUUGAGCAGAUGGUGACUGUGCCAGUGCAGCGCCACCCGGACCUGUUCCUCGCGAGCAAGGCGCUCAAGGACACUGCUUCGAUCCCAAUUGCACUAUUCCGGCCCCAACUCACGCGGGACGAGGUGCCCGAGGCAGUCGAGGACGAUUCAAGGCCAUGGGAGAACUCGGCGGCAGAGCGGAAUCUCGGCAAUGGCUUUGCGGGCGAGCCAGUUGCCGUGCGCCAGACAGCAACUAUUCUGUUUGCGCGGGACGACGGGAGUGCCGUCGCCGACGAGGAGACAUUGACCAUCGCCAUGCCUGCUGUUCCGGCCAAGAUUCGGCGUCUAAGCACGCGCAUUCCGGUAUCGGCCGCAAAGCAGAGCGGCACCGUCGUGGACCCGAUCGCCAUCGACUCGGACGACGGCAGCGACGAGGAAGAGGAGGACACUGCGAGGCCGGCGGCUAAGCGCCCGCGGACGAGCUCAAAGUCGACCGGGGGACGUCAGGUGACUGGAGGCAAGGUGCCACGAAAGACGUCUGGUGCCGUUUCGGCUGGUCAGACUGGGCGCAAGGCGACUGCAGGCAAGGGAGUGCGGAGUGUAUCUGGCAAGGAUGUCAAGGGGCGCCGCAAGAGCUAGGCGAAGACGACGACGCUUGCGUGUUGUGUCCGCGUGUGCGCAUUCGUUGCAUGGUAUAUGGAUU